UCACUUCCCCUUCCUCCUAAAUUCCUUCCAUUUGCAUAAAAAAAAAAAAAAAAAAAAAAAACAGAGAUGGGUAUCUCAAACUCCAAGAAAAGUUUGAUUCUUUUCCAAUUAAUUCUCCAAUUAACACUGAUUCAUUCAGCCAUAACUCCACAAAGCAGCACAGAGUUCAUAAAAAGCUCUUGCAGUUCCACCACUUACCCUCGUCUCUGUUUUUCAUCUCUUUCAGUCCAUGCCAAUGCCAUCCAAACAAGUCCCCGCCUUUUGGCCACCGCCGCCCUCUCCGUUUCCCUCUCCUCCGUCAAGUCCACCGCCACUCAAAUCCUCAAGCUUUCUCACUCCCAUGGCCUCCCCUCCAGAGAUGUCUCUGCUCUUGACGACUGCUUGGAAGAACUGAGUGACUCUGUCGACUCCCUCGCUGCUUCCAUUUCCGAGAUGCCGAAGCUCCGUGGCACCAAUUUCGACCUCGCAAUGAGUAAUGUUCAGACAUGGGUUAGCGCCGCUCUGACGGAUGAAACCACAUGUAGCGAAGGGUUUCAGGGGAAGACGGUGAACGGAGGCGUUAAGGGUGCGGUUAGGACUAAGAUUGUCAACAUUGCGCAAUUGACUAGUAACGCUCUGUCUUUGAUUAAUCGAAUUGGUGAUCUGCAUUAGUGUGUUGGUGUGUACUAUAUUUUAUUGGUGUGAGAUACAAAAGUUGGAAUUGUACGUAUGAUAUUUAGGUUAGAAGGUGGAGUCUUUGUCAUAGUAUUGUAUACUUAGUAAUAUAUAGGUUUAAAUAGGGUUUAUGUGUGGAGUUUGGAGUUAUUUUUGCAUUAUUAAUUGGAUUGAGUAUAUAUUACUUGGAUUAAUUAGGAUUUGUGGGGAGAUGAUUUCUGUUUACUAUUCACUAAACACGGUAAAAAAAGAACAUAUUUGUAAAAGUAAAGGUAUAGUGAGAUGAAAUGGAGUAUGGUAUUCUUAAAA